CUUUUUUUACGUUAAAUUAUUUUAUUAAAACAAACUUUUGUGGUUAAAGUAGUGAACCAGUUGACCAGUUAAACCGUGAUGGUUCAUAUGAUUUUAUGCUGAAUCGUGAAAAAUCGUUUGGUCCUUCAAUAACCGUUCAAACAAUGAAAUCGUAGGAUUUUUCCGAUAAAGAUAGAGCAAACUCCUAGCAUUCAUUUGCCUUCUUAUCAAUAAAUUUUUUUUUGCUAAGAUGGAGUAAAUAAAUAUUGAUAAGCGGCGGAAACCCAAGGGUUAUUCCGAGAAAGAUAGAGCAAACUUCGAUCUACUCUAUUGAGAGCUAUUAGAAAACUCCUGUUUAGUCACAAUCACCAGAACCAGAAAUCUUACGAGGUUUCUUAGCGAGACUGUGAAAUGGAAUACUACAAGCAAAAAAUAUGAGGGGAGCGAAUGCUGAAGGAAGACGUGCCUACGAAGUCUCCUUUUGGUUAUAGUGACCAGGUACAGAAACCGGAAUGGCGGCUUCUCUGGAAAGUGAUGAGAUACCAGUGGAGGAGGAAUCCCCAAAAGAUAAACUUAACCCAACAAUCGCGAUUGAGGACCUGCUCCACAGGAUCACGCUGGAGGAAGAUGAGGAGGAACCUCUUGAAGUUGAAGAUGGCGAUAUUGAUAUAGUACGAACGGAAGCGGCUAGACACCUAGGGCUUAUUGGCCGCCUGGUGUCAGAUAAACAACAAAAUAUUAAGUCGAUGAAGAUAGCGUUAUCAAAAGCCUGGGGCCUGAAGAGGACUUACCAGAUUACAGAUCUGCAUAACAAUCUGUUUGUCUUUCAGUUUUUGGACUUUGAUUAUCGAAAUAAAGUCUGCUAUGGAGGGCCGUGGAAUUAUGGGAACUGCAGCAUAGUCUUCAAAGCCAGUGGGAUGAUUCAAAAGCCAACACCAGUUGAUCUGCAUGAAAUAGACAUUUGGAUACAACUUGAGGCUUUCCAACGGAACUAAGGACUCAAUCAAUGGCGGAGAAAAUUGCAAAAUGCUUUGGGGAGCUAGUAUUUUUUGAUGAUAGUGAUGAGAAGAUGUGGGAAGACUAUAUGUGAGUUAGGGUGCAUAUGUCAAUAAACAACCCGCUCAAGAAGAAAAUUAAGCUGAAUAUUGGUGGAAAGCUAAUGGAAUUCAAAUCAAGUAUGAAAAGUUACCACUCUUUUGCCAUUCUUGUGGAGGGAUUGGCCAUGUGAAGGUGAAAUGCCCUCAACCAACACAGUUGGCAACUGACCCUUUUGGUUUUGACCUAAGAGCAACACCUCUAGCCCCACACAAAUGGUUCUCCCUAGAAGCAAGGAAAGCGGAUACAGAUAUUUGGAGGCAGCUGAGGCAGAAGUUUGAAAUCGGAAGCACAGGAUCAAAUCAAGGGAUAGAAAAUUAUGCGAAGUAGAGGCAGUAAGCAUGGAUGCUGAACCAAAGACACAGGAUGAAGAGAAUGAGGGUGCUAAGGCGAUUGAAGGACAAGAAGAAGGGCCACAUACCUUGCUAGAUACAGUUCAGAGGGCUGAGGUGAACGCCCUGAGGAAGAUACCUGUUGAGCAGGGCACUGGGAGGAAUGACUAGGGGAGAAUAACUAGAACAAAGCAAAAAAUCCAAUCAAGAAUAAUAGGCCAUGAAAGAAGUAUGGGAGCAGUACAUAGACUUAUCAUGGAAAAGACUGCUGAAAUAGAGCAACGGAAGCUGAGGGGAAAAAGCUGGAGGAGACAGAAAUAUGCAAAACCAAGGGAGGGAGGAGCAUCACAAGUAACUCCUCAAAAGCAUAACACUGAAGAUAAAGGCGAGAUCCCUAGCCUAAAUAAGGAGGAACAGGUGAUAUCAAAGAAGGCUAGGACUUUGAUUUUCUCGGAAGACGUAGAAAUGGCGAAUGGUGUACACAAAGCACAUAUGGAUGGCGAAGAGGCGGACCCUGCAAAGGAGCAUGGCCACCGAGCUCAAUCAAGAAUAAUAGGCCAU